GGUAACCACUCUCUUCGUUUAAUUUCGGUCGUUGGUAAAAGAGUGUGUCAGACGAGUAUUGCAAAAGGUUCACGAGAGGGAAUCGACAAUGGAGAACGUGUACGUGAUAAAAGUAAAAACGCAGCCAGCUCUGUCCUCGUUGUAUCCAUCAGAGCGACGUUACUCGGCGUCGACCGUCGGUGGCCUGUCCUUCGUGCACUUCGGUCUCGGCGCGCUUUCGCUUCUGCUGGGCAGCCUGGCCUUAUCUCUUCAAGGUCCAAUCCUGUCAGUGGCGUGUCUGGUUCCCUUCGUGACCGGUCUGCUCGCCUGGAGAAGAUGGUACAUCGAUCGAAACAUCACCAUCUUCUUCUACGGAAGUCUGUUCUCCCUGACGGCGGCGAUUCUCUGUUUUAUCGCCACGAUGUUCGACAUUGCGGCUGCUGUCGAGAGCAGAGGUUCCUUGUGGUCUUUCGGCAAGAUCGUCGAGCAGCCACGAGACCAUUCUCACCUCGUUGAAUAUCUGAGGAACAACACGACAUUGAACGACGUCGAUAUUGUUACGUCGCUCGACGAGAACAAUUUCAAUACCAGUGGAACCUACGACCACUCUUCGAGGACACAUUCUUACUCUCCCACGCCUGGAAUUGUGUUUGACAACAUGUCGAAUAUCUCUGGAUACAUCUUGAGAACCUCGACGAUUUAUCCCGAGGGAGAUGAUGUCGAAAGUUCACGGAAGUUGUUGGCUAACACCGAUGACAGAAACGAGGGGAAUUUGCAACGAGGUUCGUCAGUGAAUGUGACAGAGAAGUCCUUGGGAAUGAUCGAGAGCAGAAUGAUGUCACUCUGGUACAGGGAUCAUCGUCAGUCUUCGCACACCAAAAUCUUGCUCACGGUCAACGUGCUGGUGGCGUCUCUUCUCGAGGUAUUUUGGUCCGCGUUGAGCGUCAGAAUAGCUCUCCGAGGGAUGAUGAAUCGGUUGCCAGAGAGCAGCUACGUGAAUGGAGCGACCGGCAACGUGAAAUUGGACGAUGCAGCAAUGGGAAAGAGGAAACCGCCGGCACCAAGGCCGGACAUUCUGGAUCACGAUCGCAGGCUGUCGGAGAGCUUGCAAAAUUUGACAGCGUUGCACGGUCUGAGAAACUCGGGGCCGAGGUUACCUCUUCCGGAGUCCAGCAGAGAAUUUAGAGAGAGGGUGGAAAGAUUUCUGGCGAAUCAGGCAGCGCAUCGUAUCGUUGAAGGAUCUUGAUCUUGAAACAUGAACUUUGGACGUGGACAGAGACAAUUUGAGAUUAUUUGUGGAUAUUUAAUUUAAUAUUCACGGUAGUUUAACACUGGAGGAUUGAAAUGUGUAUUAAAACGAGAUGAUUUCUUGUAACAUGUAGUUUCUAUGACGUGUUAUUUUAGUGUAAUUCUCGAUCUCAGAAUGUACGCGAGUACAGUGAUUCACAGAAGUGGUUUGUAGUUCAGUAUUAUUACUAAGCAAUCGGAUUUAAAAUAUUUUCAGCAUUGAUAAUAACUGAUGAUUAAUUUAAAAUAUUUUCCAUCAUCUGAUUUCCAAAGAGUACCACAUUCUUAUUAUCUAAAAACAUUACAGAAGGCAAAUUUUUAUAUCAAACUCUUCU